CGUUUUCCUUAAUUUCAAAGGCAUGGACACACACAAUAAUUUUACAUAUCAUCUAUAUGCUGCUUUGCAACGCUCAGGUAUUUUCACCUUUAGAGAUAAUGAAAGGCUUGAGAGUGGAAAAUCUAUUUCACCAGAGCUCUUGAAAGCAAUAGAAGAAUCGAGAAUUUCUAUUGUUAUACUCUCAAAAAACUAUGCAUCUUCGACAUGGUGCUUAGAUGAACUUGCAAAGAUUAUUCAACGUAUGAAAGUGAUGGGAAUGAUAGUUUUACCUAUAUUUUAUAAUGUGGAUCCAUCUGAUGUACACAAACAGAUUGGAACUUUUGCACAAGCCUUUGCUGAGCAUGAAGAACGUUUGAAGGACAACAUGGAAAAGGUGCAAACUUGGAGGGCUACUUUGAGUGAAGUGGCCAAUCUCUCUGGAUGGCAUUCACAAGAUAGGCCUGAGGCAGAAGUUAUUGAAGACGUUGUAAAAGUGAUACUAAAUAAACUAAGUUAUACACUUUUCAUAGAUACCAAAGAACAAGUAGGAAUGACUUCCAGAGUUGAGAAAAUAAUGUCACAUUUAGCUAUAGAGUCAAAUGGUGUUCGCCUUAUAGGAAUUAAGGGGAUAGGAGGAAUGGGUAAAACAGCUCUAGCAAGAAUUGUUUACAAAAUGAUUUCCAAUCAAUUUGAAGAAUGUAGUUUUAUUUCUAAUGUUAGGGAAGUUUAUGAAAAAUAUGGCAUACUUCAGUUAAAACAAACACUUUUGAAUGAUCUUUUGAUUCUUAGAGACAUAAAAGUAAAAGAUGUUAAUGAUGGAGUUUUCAUGAUCAAGAAUAGGUUACGUCACGAAAAGAUUCUUCUUGUUCUUGAUGAUGAAAAUGAAUUAGACCAGUUGAAUAAAUUAGUUGCAAAGCAUGAUUGUUCGAAAUACAUAAAAUCGAAGUCUUUAGAACCUAACAUAGAUGAUAUAUAUAAGGCUGAAGGAUUGAGUAAUGAGGAAGCUCUUUAUCUUUUUAAUUCGAAAGCUUUUGAUGAAGAGCAUCCACCUGAAGAUUAUCUAGAGCUGUGCCAAGCAUUUAUUAAUUAUGCUAAUGGUCUUCCUUUAGCCAUUGAGGGAACAGAAGCAAUUCAAGGCAUAGUCUUAACUUUACCCAAGCUGAAACAAGCACAUUGGGAUCCUAGUUCCUUUUCAAAGAUGCAUCGUCUAAAAUUCCUCAUAAUUGAAAAUUGUCACCUCAUGUAUGAUCCCAAACAUCUUCCUAAUGACUUAAGAUUUCUUGAUUGUGGUGGGUACACUUCAAAAUCUUUGCCAGCAAGUUUCCAACCAAAUGAGUUAAUUGAACUUCACAUGUGCUACAACAACAUUGAAAGACUUUGGAAAGGGACAAAGUCUUGUGAGAUGUUGAAAUUCAUUGAAUUGAAGGGGUCUCUAACAUUGUUUGAAACCCCUGACUUCAUCGAAAUCUCAAGUCUUGAGAAAUUGGUCCUUGAAGAUUGUACAAAUUUACGUGAGAUACAUCCAUCAAUUGGAGUUCACAAAAAGCUUACUCUUCUUAAUCUAAAAGGAUGCAAAAAUCUCAAAAGUCUUCCAAGAAAAUUUGAGAUAGAGUCUCUGGAGAUCCUUAUUCUUUCUAAUUGCUUAAAAAUAAAAACAAUUGCAAAAUUUGGGGAGAAUAUGGGACGUGUGACAAAGCUUUACUUGGAUGGCACAGCUAUUACAAAACUACCCACAUCAGUUGGGAAUUUGAGUGGCCUUGAUUCAUUGAAUGUAUGGGAUUGCAAAAAUCUUAUGUCUCUUCCAAGCACAUUUUUUAAUAUGAUGUGGCUUAAAGAUCUCAAUCUUUCCGGCUACUCAAAACUAGAAGAGAACUUGGGGAGAGGAGAAAGUGUUAAAGGACUCUGUCUUACGUAUGAAGAUGAUAUAUAUACAAUGCUUUUUCCUGGAAGUGAAAUUCUGGAGUGGUUUAGCCAUCAAUGUAUGGGGCAUGAAGUGAAUAUAAUGGAACCAUUUUCUCAUUUGUGUAAUGAUGGGAUUGGGAUUGCUUUUUGCAUUGUAUUUUGUACUCUUCCAAGUCACCCAAUUCAAUAUUAUUCUCCAAUUUCAUGCGAGUUGAAAAUCAAUGGAAAAUAUUUUAAUUAUGUUUCUGGUGAAUUGGUUGCUUUAUCAAAUCAUAUUAUGCUACUUUAUUUUCUUCCUCAAUUAUGGGAAUGUGAUGCAAAUGGAUUCUGUGAGAUUGGAAUUAAAAUUGAAGACACACCUACAAGCUUGGUGAAGAAAUGCGGGUUGCGUGUGGUAUACAAGAAAGACAUUGAAGAUCUCAACAGUGCUAUGGCUCAUUGUAGCAACAAUGGCAUCAUUCCUUAUAAGGGCUUCGAUGUUCCCCAUCAUAAUUUCAACAAUUCAGCAGUGGUAGUGGAAGUUAACAAAAAUGAUUGUGAGGAGUCAAGUCAGUACAAGGAAUGUGGUGAAACGCUAAGCAAUUGGCAGGAAUUACAUGUAACUAACAAUUCAAAAACAUAGAAAAGCCUAGACAGCAGCAGGAUAAGCCAGUCCACACCGUUGGAUGAGAGCUGUAAGGGUAAGAGAAGGAAAGGGGAUUCGAUUUCGUUUCUUGUAAAA